CCAGCCUUUAUUGCCAGCACCAUCCCUAUCCCCUCCAAACCCCCCCUGCAUCCAUCCAUCCCUAUCGCCGUCGGCGCCUCAACCCACGCCGCCCUCGCUCCCUCCCCACGCGCAACGCACGAUGGCGGCCAUGAAGGUGGUGCGGAACCUGGACCUGGAGCGGUACAUGGGCCGGUGGUACGAGAUCGCGUGCUUCCCGUCCCGGUUCCAGCCCAAGGACGGCGCCAACACGCGCGCCACCUACACGCUCGGCCCGGACGGCGCCGUCAAGGUGCUGAACGAGACCUGGACCGACGGCCGCCGCGGCCACAUCGAGGGCACCGCCUUCCGUGCCGACGACGCCGGCGACGAGGCCAAGCUCAGGGUCAGGUUCUACGUGCCCCCCUUCCUCCCCGUCUUCCCCGUCACCGGCGACUACUGGGUGCUCCACGUCGACGACGCCUACCAGUUCGCGCUCGUCGGCCAGCCCUCCCGGAACUACCUCUGGAUCUUGUGCAGGCAGCCGCAGAUGGACGAGGGCGUGUACGAGGAGCUGGUGGAGAGGGCCAAGGAGGAAGGGUACGACGUGAGCAAGCUCCGGAAGACGCCGCACCCGGAGCCGACGCCGGAGAGCCAGGACGCCCCCAAGGACGGCGGCCUGUGGUGGAUCAAAUCUCUCUUUGGAAAGUAGUAGUAGGUGCCAUGCCAAAGCAGAGAGGAAGUAGGUGCCGCUCGCUCGCAGGAGCAGAGAUGCAGUAGCACCAGCUGGUGUGCCUUGUACAGUUCAAUCUAGUAUGUUCGUCGCUGCAGGGAAUCUGAAGAAUAUGUUUUGCUUGUUUGUGUCGAACUGUAGUAGGUAUAUGAUCUGCAGAAUAAUCUGUUUGUCGGGUGGGGUCUGGCCGUGUUCUUAACUUAAGAAUUAUCAAGACUGUUGCUUGCUCGGA